GGUCACAGUUACAGGACACAGAAGGCGGCAGCAGUGUCUGAAUCAGCCUGCCGCUGGAAGGCAGCGUGUGCACGUGCACGAACGCAGUGCUUGCUGAGCUGCAUACGUAUACUCACAAGUGUGAGAGCGCCGUGCUGGGACAGCAUCAGCCCCAGGAACUCUAGGUGGGCAGAGCUUAAAGUCAAAGCUCCCAGGUACAUAGGCCUCUCCUCCAUGCUGUGCUGGAUCCUGAACAUGUUCAUAAACACCAUUAUCCCCAUCUAUGUGACUAGUAAGUGGAUCAACACAAGCAUCACAAAGAGAAAAGACUAUGGGUACUGUAACGCUGUCUUCCAAGACACCUUCACAGGCUCGCUCUUCUUGGCACUACUAUUGUUGCCUGAUGCUGUGUCCUUGGGGCUCAUGCUCCUGGCCAGCAGCUCCAUGGUGUUCAUCCUGCACAGACACAAGCAGCAGGUGCAGCACAUUCAUGGUCCCAGGAAUGCUUCCCCCAGGACUUCCCCUGAAUCCAGAGCUACUCGGAGCAUCCUUGCUCUGGUGAGCACAUUUGUAUUUUUUUACGUGGUCUCCUCCACUUUCCAAGUGUAUUUGGCUCUUCUUUGUAAGCCCAGUCAAUUGACAGUGAACAUCUCUGCAUUAUUUGCUGGCUGUUUCCCAACUCUUAGCCCCUAUCUUCUCAUGAGCUGUGACUCCAGGGUACCCAGGCUCUGCUUUGCCUGGAUAAGGAAUACAAAAUCCCCCAACAUUAUCAGAAACAUGUGCCUUGUAUUUGUUUUAUAAUACUCACUUGUUGUCCAAUAGUAUAGGCACAGUUAUUUGGUAGCCAUAUUACAAGACCCUGUACUCAUGCUUACACACAUGUGUGUAUGUAUAUAGGGUGUAAUACACACUAUUAGAUUACAUUUGUUAUCAAGCAAUCAUAGUAGGAUAAUAUAUACUUAGAAAUAUAAAAAUAUUAGUCACAAUAAUAAACUGCUUU